AUGAACCCGGCGGAGGCAGACACGGGCCCGGAGCUCACCGCGGCAGGUCCGGAGCAGAAGGAGGUGGUGCGAGCGGCAGACGUCCUGACAGUGCUCAGAGAGAAGGUGGCUUUUGUCUCAGGUGGGCGGGACAAACGAGGUGGACCCAUCCUGACCUUUCCAGCCAGAACCAAUCACGACAGAAUAAAGCAGGAAGAUCUGAGCCGAUUGGUCACGUACCUGGCGACGGUUCCCAGUGAUGAGGUCCGUGGGCGGGGUUUCACUGUGGUGGUGGACAUGCGCGGAUGUAAGUGGGACUCGGUGAAGCCGGUUCUGCGGACGCUGCAGGAGUCGUUUAGCGCUCACAUCCAUGUCGCGCUCCUCAUCAAACCAGACACAUUCUGGCAGAAGCACAAGACCAACCUGGGCAGCGCCAAGCUCUCCUUUGAGACCAGCUUGGUGUCGGUGGAGGGCCUGUCCCGCCUCAUCGACCCCUCUCAGCUCACCUCAGACCUGGGGGGGUCUCUGGAGUACGACCAUGUGGAGUGGACCGAGCUCAGGCUGGGGCUGGAGGAGUUCUCAGGGGCAUCUCAGCAACUUCUGACCCAGCUUGAGAGCCUCGAGAGCGGGCUGAGCCGGCCAGGCGAGCCCCAGGACGUGGAUGAGGCCCGCAAGUUGCUGGAGGAACACGGCCGCCUCAGAAACACCAUCUCCACGGCGCCGGUGGACGCGUUGGACCGUGAGGGACGGAGCCUGCUGCAGCGGAUGCGUUUAGGCCCCUCCCACAGUGGUGAGGGGGCGGGAGAAGGGGGCGGGGCCAGCACAGCAGGGACGUGGCUCUCUGGCGGCACAGACUUUCAGAGCGUGGCGCCCAAAGUGUCGGCCAUGUUGGAUCGUAUGCAGAGCGCGCGCACCAGUCUCCUGCAAAGGUGGAGCGAGAGGAAGGUCCAACUGGAACAGACAUUACAGUUGCAUCUGUUUGAGCAGGACGCAACUAAGAUGUCAGAGUGGAUCGCUCACAGUAAAGAGCUCUUCCUUCAGUCGAUCACAGAAGUCGGACUGAACCAUCAGCACUCAGAAGAUCUACAGCAGCAGCACCAGCACUUCACCUCCAACUGCAUGAAUGGCAGUGUGAACGUGGACAGUGUGGUGACUGUCGCUGCCCGUCUGGCCGAAUCAGGUCACUACGGCGCCGACCGCAUCAGUAAAGUGUCAUCACGGUUACAGCAGGACUGGAGCGAUCUGACCUCAGCACUGGACCAGAGAAGCAUCACCCUGAGUAUGAGCACUGCCUUCCACCAGGGGGCACUAGAGUUCCUGUCCAAAGUGGAUUCAUGGGUGCAGCAGUGCUCAGACGGAGAUCUGCCUUCGAUCUCAUCAGAACUGGAAAAAUCUACGAAGGUCCAUCAGGAGCUGAACGAGGAGAUCUCAGCCAAUUACACCCAAAUCAGUGAGAGCGGUAAAGCCUUAUUGGAGGUGUUGCAGAGAAGUCCGGUCCCCGAGUCGGACCAAUCAGAGACCAGAGACUUCAGCGCUGCGACGCACGGCAUCAUGGGAGUGCUCCACCAGGGCCAUCACAAAGUGGAGGCAGCGUGGCAGCACCGUAAGCUCCGCCUCCAUCAGCGUCUGCAGCUCUGCGUCUUCCAGCAGGACGUUAAACAGGUGCUGGACUGGGUGGAGCAGCAUGGGGAGGUCUUCCUGAACAAACAUGGGGGAGUGGGCAAGUCUCUGCACCGAGCCCGAGCGCUGCAGAAGAGGCAUGACGACUUCCAGCAGGUGGCGCAGAACACCUACACAAACGCUGAGAAGCUUCUGGAGGCGGCCGAUCAGCUCGCUCAGUCUGGAGAAUGUCAGGAGGAGGAGAUCUACCAGGCUUCAAGAGACCUGGAGCUACGCAUGCAGGCGUUCAUUCAGAAAGUGGAGCAAAGAAAACUUCUACUAGACCUGGCAGUGUCCUUCUACACCCACACCAAAGAGCUCUCUGUGUGGAUGGAUGGUCUCCAGAAGCAGCUCUCCUCGGAACUCGUCGCGUGCCCAGAGUCUGUGGAGGCUCUUCAGACUCUGAUCAGUCAGCAGCAGCAGCAGCAGGCCAACACACAGGAAGCUGCCAUGAGUGUGAUCCGAGAGGGAGAGGACCUGAUCCUGCAGCUCAGACCUCAGGGCAGCUCGGUGGUCCAUGUGGAGACCGUCUUGCAGCAGUUGGAGGAGGCUCAUGUUCAGCUGGAGGAGCUGUUCCACCAGAGGAAGAUCAGAGUGGACGUGUUUCUGCAGCUCAGGAUCCUGCACCAGUGUACUCUGGAGGUGGUGUCUGAGAUCGAUGCCUGGAGGCAGGACUUACAGAAACAGUCUCAGGAUUUCAGCUCUGACAAACGAGACCCAAGUCAAGAGCUGGCCAGUCCUGAGGCUCUGAGCCUAUCCCAGCAGAGGGUCCACAGACAUAUGGAGCGGCGUUUGGCCAUGAACAACAUGAUCUACGAGGUCAUUCAGCAGGGACACGAGCUGCAGCAGUACAUCACAGAAGUACAGGCCUCCGGGGUGGACCUGUCUGAGCCUGAGGGCCCCUCUCUGGCCCCUCAGGUGGAGGAGCUGCAGCGCCUCCUACAGGACAAACAGAAGGAACUGCAGCAGAUUGCAGACCACACCCACACCCUGUUAGAGCAGAAUCUACAGCUGCGGCAUCUACAGAGUCAGGUGAAACAGGUCCUGGGCUGGAUAAAUGAGGGGGAGAUGAUGCUGUCGUCGUGUCUCCUGAAUUCCAGCUGUUUGUCUGAAGCAGAGCAGCUGCAGCGCGAACAUGAGCGCCUCCAACAAUCCAUUGAGGCCUUGCUCCACGCCGACUCUCUGCAGAGGACCCACCAGGUGGCAUUGGCGCUACAGCAGAGAGCGGAGCUGCUUGUGCGGGCGGGGCACUAUGACCCAGAUGCAGUGAGGGCCUGUGCCCAGACAGUGGCGCUGCACUGGCAAACACUGAUGCUGCGGAUAGAAGACCGACUGAAACUAGUGAACGCUUCUGCUGCAUUCUACCGCACUUCCCAACAGGUGUGUGGUGUGCUGGAGAGCCUGGAGCAGGAGUACCGCAGGGAGGAGGACUGGUGUGGAUCUGGAGAGAGAACACCAGAGCAGCUGCUGCCGCUGAUGGGGAAACACAUGGAGCAGAAGGAGGCUUUCCUCAAGGCCUGCACUCUGGCACGCAGAAACGCAGAGGUGUUCCUGAAGUACAUCCACAGGAACAGCGUCACCAUGGCAACAAUUUCCGGGCACAACGUGAGCAUUACCGGGGCAACCGAAGUCAGCGGCGGUCACUCCAGGGUCCCAGAGCAGCAGGUCAAAGGGAUCCUCAGUGAGCUGCUGCAGAGAGAGAAUCGUGUUCUUCACUUCUGGACGUUAAAGAAGCGACGCCUCGACCAGUGUCAGCAGUUCCUCAUGUUCCAGUCUCACGCACAACAGGCCCUUGAUUGGCUGUCGCAGUCAGGUGAUCACUACCUCUCCACACACACCUCUCCUGGAGCCAGUCUGACGGAGACUCAGGAGCUGAUGGUCCAACACCGGGACUUCUGCAUCUCUGCCAAGCACACACAGGAGAAAGUGCACCUGCUCGUACAGCUAGCCGAGAGCAUGCUAGCUAAAGGACACGCCCACCGCAACGAGCUGCGCCGCUGCGUCUCGUCUGUGGACAAAAGAUACAGAGACUUCACCGCGAGAAUGGGACAAUACCGUCACCUUCUGGAGACAGCAGCCGGAGGCUCUGCUCAGGAUCACAAAGACCUGGAGCUGGAGCUGAUCCCCAACAGUCUCUCUGACUCUGACCCCGAAGUGAACCUGUCCGACCCGGGACACCAGGUCAGCGACGAAAAGAGACGCACGGCUCGCAAGAAAGAGUACAUCAUGGCUGAGCUGCUGCAGACGGAGAGAGUGUAUGUCAGGGAUUUGCAGGAGUGUAUUGAGACCUACCUGUGGGAGAUGUCUUCCGGAGCGGAGGACGUUCCUUCUGGACUCUGUAACAAAGACGACGUUGUGUUUGGAAACAUCCAGGACAUUUACGAGUUCCACAACAGUAUUUUCCUGAAAGAACUGGAAAAUUACGAGCAGCUCCCUGAAGACGUCGGCCAUUGCUUCGUGACAUGGGCCGAUAAGUUCCACAUGUAUGUGACGUACUGUCGCAACAAACCAGACUCCAGUCUGAUCAUCCAGCAGCAUGGGACCGGCUUCUUCGAGGAGGUGCAGAGGAGACAUGGUUUAACCAACUCCAUCUCUUCAGCUCUGAUCAAACCAGUCCAGAGGAUCACCAAGUACCAGCUGCUUCUCAAGCCGUUCGAGUUUUCUCUUUUGGUUCUGAGAUUGUGGAGAUCUGGGGUGUACCAAGGAGCGGCGGUGGAGAAGGAGACGGAGGCAGUUUUCAUGGAGGCUAUUCGGUUGAGGCAGGAGGAGAGUGUGUGGUUGUAG